CAAAGAAGUUGGCAUCCAGAUGCAGGAUGAGCUGCUAAAGGUCACCACUGAGCUGCAGACGGCUCUGAAGACAUAUAACCAGUACCACACGGACUGUCUGAUAGCUGAGGGGAAACUGAAGGAAGCCGAGCGGUUGGAGGAGAGGCACACCGGCAAGUCAGCUGAGCUCGGCCUCGGCCAAUCAGGAGGACAGAGGCGGAGUUCUGUCAAGAAGAUGGAGAGAUUGAUGGAGAAAAGGCAUGGCAGAGUGCAGGAGACCCAGCUGAAGUGUACCAAGGCUCGUAAUGACUACCUGCUAAAUCUAGCAGCAGCCAAUGCAGCCAUGAACAAGUACUACCUGCAGGAUGUCAGCACUCUCAUCGACUGCUGUGACCUGGGUUUCCAUCUGUCCAUGGAGAGGGUGAUGAAGUGCUACCUGGCCAGUAGGUGGCGCAUCCAGAAGACAGAGGAGACGGGGCUCAAGCAGCUGGAGGCUGCCGUGACGUCCCUGGAUCAAGGCGGAGACAGAGAUGCGUUGCUACAGCAACACGACGCUGCCUUCUGCCUUCCAUUCAGAUUCAACUACCAUCCACAUGAGGGAGACCAGGUGUGUGAGGUGAGCGCGGAGAGCCAGGUGAGGUACGAGCUGGAGACCAGGUACCAGCAGCUUCAGUCUCGACUCGCUGCCGUUACCUUGGAAACAGAGGAGGUCAGUAAAACGCUUAAAGCCACACUCACAGCCCUGCUGGACACUAUUUGUGACAGCGACUGUAACCCCUCCCCCGACGUGCCCAGCAGCCUAUCACAAGAGCCCCCUGGAGGAAACACCGCCCAAAAACUUACCCUUGCCAAGCGUCGAGCCAAUCAGCAGGAGACAGAGACCUACUAUUUUACAAAAGUGAAGGAGUUCCUCACCAGCAGUUCUCUGACCUCCAAACUUCAAGCCAAACAUGACCUUCUACAUGAUGCCAUACAGAAAGCUGAGGCUGUCGACAGUGACCCUUCCAGAAGAAGAAGGAGAAUGUCUCGGACACAGAGCUCUGGACAGCAGAUUCCUGUGGUGGUUGAAAGCUGCAUUCGUUUCAUAAACCUUCAUGGCCUCCACCAUGAAGGGAUAUUCAGAGUUCCUGGAAUGCAGAGGGAGGUUAACCUCAUCAGAGAUGCAUUUGAGAGAGGGGAUGAUCCUCUGUCAGACAGUGAGUGUGACCUGGACUCUGUGGCUGGUGUGUUGAAGCUCUACUUCAGGGGUCUUGAGCCUCCUCUCUUCCCUUAUGACAGCUACUCUCAGCUGCUGGAGUGUGUCCAAAUCGAGGCGGUGAUGGAGAAAGCUGCCCAGAUUAAAGCGAUUGUCUCCACCUUCCCACGGCCACUCCUCAUCGUGCUGCGUUACCUUUUCGCUUUCCUCAAUCACGUGUCUCAGUACAGUGAUGAGAACAUGAUGCAGCCCUACAACUUGGCUGUUUGCUUCGGUCCGAGCCUGCUGAGGGGGUUGGAUUCGGAUGACGCUGUUGCUAGGCAGCCACAGGUCAAUGAUCUUGUCAAAACUAUGAUCCUUCAACAUGAUGUCAUCUUCCCCAGCCAAUCAGAACUGCCGGGCCCUGUCUAUGAGAAGCACAUGACUCUGGAGCAGGAGUACUGUGAACCAAUCACAGAGGAGGGAGAUGGAGAGACUGAGCAUUUGCCCAGUGAGGACGAGUUGGAGGCAGUGGCUUUGUUCGACUAUGUGGCAAGAUCUCCAGCAGAGCUGUCCUUCAAGCAGGGAGAUCUUCUCAGCCUUCACAGCAAGGCCUCUUGUGAUUGGUGGAGAGGCGAAGUGGGAGGGGUUAAAGGUCUCAUUCCUCACAAGUACAUCAGUGUGCUGGAUGGGUCAGAGCGAGGGAAAAGAGAAGAAGGAGGAGGAGGAGGCAGCACUGGAAACCUGACAGCAGAAGAUCCACAGACGGAGAACACAACUCGGAUGCGGGUGAACAGCGACAGUGCUUCGUUGCCUGGGAGACAGAGAGGAAGUGAGGGGAGCCCCAGUCGAAAACCGCCAACCUCUCCCGCCACACGACAUCUACCAGUGUCUCAGGAGCGAAGGCACACUUUGGACACUGUGAGACAGGGCGGCUUUAGACCCCCAGACAAACCUCCAUUUGUUCAGCCAGAGAGAACAGCAGUCGACAAGGAGAUGAUCAGCCGUCAGAUGAACUCGGUGUUCAAGGAGCUCCUGUCUCGCCAGCCUGCCGUGCAGCAGUCCACCCUCGCCAACCCUGCCGGUCCUGCUCCCUCUUCCUCCUCCUUCCUCUCUUCCUCCUCUUCCUCUCUUCCUCAAGCUGCCCCCACUGCCAAAAAAGUAGGAUUUGGGCUCAGAGGACGGGCCCUUUUCAGACCGGUGGACUAAGAGAGAGCAGAGGAUGACUGGAAUUACUGAUUUAUUAUUUGACGAUAAUGAUUAUGCUGAUGCUGAUGAUACAUUUGGUGAAGAUCUUGAUUUAUUUUUUUGACACGUGUAUAAUAUUUGCGUCUCUGCCAUCUCAUAGUGCCAUUAGUCCCGGUGCCGUGUUACUGUACGUCCAGUGUGUCUGUUUUCCAGCUGGUUUUUGGUCUUUUUAUGUUCUGGUCUGUUUUUGUUCUCCAGGCUUUUGCAAUUUUUGGAGAAUCAGGGAUGUGACAUCGCCAGUGAUAUCACCAGACUGACUUUUUAAAGUGGUUGCCAUGAUACAACAACAAAAGACUUAAGCUGCCCCCUAGUGGCUCACCCUUAUAAUGUUUGCUUUAUUUGAAAAAAGGAAAAAAACUCUUGACUAUUGACUCAUCACAUGUAUUUCACUUGAAAAAUACCAGAUAGGUUUGAACAGCAUAAUAUGUUUUUUUUUUUAAAUCAUGUGAUCUGGGAGGGUGUUUAUGGAACCCCAAAGUGUUCAAUAUACAAUAAUGAAAUUAUGAAAUCAAUAAUCAUACAGAUAAACUGAAGUAAUUCAACCAACAUUUAAGGAAAUAAUAAUAAAUAAGACAUUUUUUAAAAUCAACUCAUUACUUUGAAAUGUUAUUUCACAAAAAAAGACUUCUUAUUUUAUAAAGCCAUUUUUCCUGAUUACAUUUCAUGAUGUCACUUGAUGCCAACGGUGCUGUCACCACCAUCUCACCUUUGAGCCAAUCACUUACUGUAGCAACUGCUGGCAUCAGCCAGUUGACUCAUUCUAGCUAGAGCAACAACAGUGUCAAUGUUAUCCUGAAUAAACUCCCUCACACAGGGAGAAAACAUGGACAAUGUGGACAAUGAGACACUACUAAUUAAUAAAUUACAUAAAAUAAUAUUCCUAAAAUAAUUUCAUUUAAUGUAUUUAUUCUUUGUAAACAAUACGACAUCACCAUAACAACAUAUUGUCAUGCGUGUUUGGUUUGGUUUGUUGGUGCUGUAGGGUAUGUAAAUGUAGCAUUAGCCUAACCAGGCUACUAACAUAAAUGGCCAGCUAGCUAGGUGGGCUUGUGAGUUCGAAGUGUUAGCACUGUUAGCUAUAUGGCUAACUUGUGUUGGCUUGAGUGACAACAGAGAAAGCCUGGCUGUCAUUUUGUUCACCACAGAGUUGUGUCACAGUAUCAGAAUGUGACAGUCAUUUUGAAUUAACGAGCUAACGUCGUCUCUUUGUCUCUAUGCUGAGUAACAAACAAAGCUAAAGGAAGUAACGGGAGAAUUGGGUCUGGGUCUGUGCAGGGUGCUGUGUUUAUUCACAGUAGCAGCUACAUGGUUGAUUCAGAAUUACUUUGACAUUGCUUUAGCUAUCAGGAGCUAACUGUGUUAGCAGUGUUCAGGGGGUUUGUGAAAGGUGAAAGGACGGUGGCUACACCACUGUCAUAAAAAGUGGCAUUAUGUCAUAAAAUAUUUCCUACAAUAUGUGAUGAAAACAGCGAUAUUGUUUCAUUGAUAUCAAGGGGCAUCGGACUGAAUCCGACACAGUGUUAGGCAUUAAGAGUAAUUACAUUGAAAUAGCCAAUCUUCUCGCUCAUGGUUUUGUUUAUGUGGGUCAUAUAGAGGCAUCAGUAUUAAAAUUAGACUGUUUCAUAAGCAGUAACCAACUCUUUGUAGAACGUUUAAUAUUGAACAUUUUGGGGCUCCACAGAUGUUCUCUUGGAGAACUGUGAACAGUGAAGUCAGUACUUUAUAGCAGCAUGCAGCACACACACACAAAGAUGGAAAACACAUUCCCCUUCAUAUGUGAUACAUGGCCUGAUACACAGGCCAAAACUCAGGGCUUUUGCAGAGUUAGAGACGGGCUAACUCAGGUUUGGCUUCGAAGGAAUAAGUAAGAGUUUCUCACUCAGGGCUUUGGUUCAACUGGAAACUGUGCCCUAGCCUCAAGAGCCAAAAUGGCCCCCAUAAGAGAGGAAUUCCUCUGAUUUAAACUGUGAAUGCAACGGCGACAUUUUGGAGCCACGAUCAAAACUCUUUUCUCAUUCAUCCACACAUUUUGGCCCCCCUGACUAUAUCUAGCAACAUCCACAGGUCCCAUUCAAAUGUGCGUUUCAGGAUUUUUGCAGUGUACAAUUACUUUGACUCCAAAAACAUUUGAAAUGUUUUUUACGUUUUCCCCUCUGUUGUGUUUCAGUAUUGGAAACAUAGAAGUAGAAUCCUUUUUUCAAACUGAUUCUGCUUCUAUGAUUGAAACGCCCUGUUGUUCUGGAUCACUGUUUGAUGAUGUCACUAAAUUUACUGUGUCCGAUUGUAUAUGUGGUAAAAAAAAUAUGAAUACAAUAAAGAUGAUAAAGUGGUGAAUGAU